CGUGUGGAGCUCUGUGGGCGGGACUUCCGGCUCCCUGAAUCGUCUUCCGGCCGUGCUUGAAGGGUCUGGCCGGUCUCCUGACAUGAAGCCCCCUAGAACCAGAGGUUGGUUCCUGCUGUGACACACCCACCAUGUGGCCACUUUUUCAUGUCCUCUGGCUUACUCUGGCCUGUGGCUCUGUUCACACCACCCUGUCAAAGUCAGAUGCCAAAAAAGCUGCCUCAAAGAUGCUGCUGGAAAAGACUCAGUUUUCAGACAAACCUGUUCAAGAGCGGGGUUUGGUUGUGACAGACAUCAAAGCUGAGGAUGUGGUUCUUGAGCAUCGCAGCUACUGCUCAGCAAGGGCUCGGGAGAGAAACUUUGCUGGAGAGGUCCUAGGCUACGUCACUCCAUGGAACAGCCAUGGCUAUGAUGUUGCCAAGGUCUUUGGGAGCAAGUUCACACAGAUCUCACCAGUCUGGCUGCAGCUGAAGAGACGUGGUCGUGAGAUGUUUGAAGUCACAGGCCUCCAUGAUGUGGACCAAGGGUGGAUGCGAGCUGUCAAGAAGCAUGCCAAAGGUGUGCAUAUAGUACCUCGGCUUCUGUUUGAAGACUGGACUUACGAUGAUUUCCGGAAUGUCUUAGACAGUGAAGAUGAGAUAGAAGAGCUCAGCAAGACUGUGGUACAGGUGGCAAAGAACCAGCAUUUUGAAGGUUUUGUGGUGGAGGUCUGGAGCCAGUUGCUGAGCCAGAAACAUGUAGGCCUCAUCCACAUGCUUACUCACUUGGCUGAGGCGCUGCACCAGGCCCGGCUGCUGGCCAUUCUGGUCAUCCCACCUGCUGUCACCCCUGGGACUGACCAGCUUGGCAUGUUUACACACAAGGAGUUCGAGCAACUGGCCCCCAUACUUGAUGGCUUCAGCCUCAUGACAUAUGACUACUCUACAGCACAGCAGCCUGGCCCUAAUGCUCCAUUAUCGUGGAUUCGAGCCUGUGUCCAGGUCCUGGACCCCAAAUCACAGUGGCGAAGCAAGAUCCUCCUGGGACUAAAUUUCUAUGGCAUGGAUUAUGCAGCCUCCAAGGAUGCCCGUGAGCCUGUUAUUGGGGCCAGGUACAUACAGACAUUGAAGGACCACAAGCCUCGAGUGGUGUGGGACAACCAGGCUGCAGAGCACUUCUUUGAAUACAAGAAGAAUCGCGGCGGGAGGCAUGUUGUCUUCUACCCAACUCUGAAGCCCCACCUGGCCUGGAAGAACCCACAGAGACCUGGUGCUGGACAGGCCCCAGAGGUGGAGCUGAUGGCAUGGAGAGCCACAUAGAGGGACCCAACACACUCACGUGGCCAGUGAGACCAUGCUUUUAGAUGCCCUUCAGGAAGCAUCCACCAUCCCAUGUGUGUGGUCAGAAGGGACCAAAUCGCCUCUGGCCCUCUUACCCUGCACCUUCCUUCCCCAUACCCUACAGAGGCCAUGGCAGUUGAGUGACCCAGACCUACCCAUAAUCCCGAGCAGGGAAAAGCCCUGUCUAGAAACACUUCUGCUCAUAGUCAGGUUACAGUAGAUCCGUGGUACCAACCAGAAGAUCUCAACAGAGCACCUCACUGAGUUUCAUCACUUUUUAUUUUUGUUUUUUUGAGACAGGGUUUCUCUGUGUAACCCUAUUUGUCCUGGAACUUGCUUUGUAGGCCAAGCUGGCCUUGAACUCAGAGAUCCAAUUGCUUCUGCCUCCCAAGUGCUGGAAUUAAAGGUGAAUGCCACCACACCAGGCUCUCAUCACUCAUUUUUUAAAAAUCAGAAAAAUAGGAAGCAGGGAAGGAAGACAUGUGGUUGUUGACUCUAGAGAGGACUCAUCAUGGCAUGGUGACAAGGACAUCUAGUCUUCCUCAGAUUACAGGGCCGCCAUGGGAGAGGGAAACUAUGGU